AGCGGCGGCAGCGUGAGGAGAAGGCGCGCGCGCACCAACCUCCCCUUAGCUCCGCUCCUCCGCCAUGGCCGCCUACCGCCUCGUCCUCGUCCGCCACGGCGAGAGCGCCUGGAACCUGGAGAACCGCUUCAGCGGUUGGUACGAUGCCGAUCUCAGCCCCGCCGGUCAGCAGGAGGCGCGGCGCGGCGGCGAGGCCCUCCGAGAUGCCGGCUACGAGUUCGACAUUUGCUUCACCUCGGUACAGAAACGGGCCAUCCGUACCCUCUGGACCGUCCUGGAUGCCAUCGAUCAGAUGUGGUUACCCGUUAUUCGGACCUGGCGCCUGAAUGAGAGGCACUACGGGGCCCUCACCGGUUUGAACAAGGCUGAGACGGCGGCGAAGCAUGGCGAGGCGCAGGUGAAGAUCUGGAGGCGCUCGUACGACAUCCCUCCACCUCCCAUGCAGUCUGAUCACCCCUUCUACAGCACCAUCAGCAAGGACCGUCGCUACGCUGACCUAACAGAGGACCAGCUGCCAACAUGCGAGAGCUUGAAGGACACCAUAGCACGGGCUCUGCCUUUCUGGAACGAGGAAAUUGUCCCUCAGAUCAAAGAGGGCAAGCGAGUCCUUAUUGCUGCCCACGGCAAUAGCCUGCGUGGGAUUGUCAAGCACCUGGAAGGCAUGUCGGAAGAGGCCAUCAUGGAGCUGAACCUGCCCACUGGCAUCCCUAUUGUCUACGAGCUGGACAAAAACCUGAAACCCGUCAAGCCCAUGCAGUUCCUAGGGGAUGAGGAGACGGUGCGCAAGGCCAUGGAGGCCGUUGCUGCUCAGGGCAAGGUCAAGAAGUGAGGGCAGGGAGGAGGCUAGCACAUAGUAGAGCCCCCCGCCGCCCCCCACCCCUCUGUGCACACCCCCCACAGCCGUAGGAACUUGGAGCUGCGGAGCUGGAGCAGCUCCCCUGGAUUAGGCCCAUUUCCUCAGGACCAGGCUCCCCUCUGCAGACAGCCUGGGGGCCCAGGGGCGAGGGGCCGUGCACACGGAGGUCUGGUGUGAAGGGGAGCCCUGGCUCUGCCAGGCAGCGACCACACACCUCUCCGCGCCAAGAUCCCAGCCCUUGGGCCUUGUCUGCAGGGGGAUGCGCUGAGCGAUCCCUUGCUACGCCAGGCUCCUCUGCUUUGCUUCCUGGCAGCUCUUGUCACCUGGUUGCUGUAGUUUUGUUGCUUGAUUUAGUCAUCCUGGGAGCAGUGGGGCAAGCGCAGCACAGGCAAUGACCAAGAUGGGUACCCCAUCCCCUCCUGGGUGUGUGGCACAAGGACUGGUUGGGUAGACACUGAAAGGGUUGUAUUUUGGUGCAUGUGGUACAGCACCCAAGGGUGAUACUCGCAACUCUGGACCUAGCUCUGCAGCCCCUGCUUUAACUUACUGCCUUUGGACAAGGGCGAGAGAGGGAGCGGGUCAUCUGGAGGUCUGCGUUCGCCACAUACUUCCCCCAGCCGAAGCCCAUCCUAGUCCUGCUGGUGAAGCAGGUGCCAUUGUACCCCAUCCCACGUGCAUGUACCUGUUGCUGUGGCUUCCCCCUCUGCCAGCACCGUGAGCCUGGGCUUCCGUGGGGUCAGUGUUAUUGUUCGACAAUAGCAGUUGUCUUGUUCCAGUUCAAUAAAGAGUAAAAUGCA